UUGUACCAUGGGGCGGGGGGCGUGGCCUGCGCCGUUGCCAUAGCAGCGGGCGGCGGCGCGGGUAGGCGCGUCCCUGUCGGCGCGACCCCGAACAGGCCUCGGCCCGGCCCCUCCUCGCCCCGGGACUCCCUGGAGCACCCCCCGGGGGUCCCCAGCGCCAGCAGCCACUGUGCUGGCCCAGCCGCCUGUCCCCUGUAGGGCUAUCCCUCCGGCCCUGGCCCUGUCGCAGCCCGCGGGCCUUGUUGCAGCCUGCAGGCCCUUGCCCACAGGCCCGGUGCCGCCACCUCAGCAACAUGGCGCACCUCCUGGGCCACCCCGGCUGCAUGGAGAGCCUGCGGGCCGACCUGAGGGACCUGCAGGCAGCCAUCGCCGAUGUCUCCUCCCGGGCUGGGGCCGUGCGUUUCCCCUCCUGGAAAUUCCCCGAUAAAGUGUCCUGCGAGCUGGACCUGGCGGCGCUGCUGGAGCGGUACAGCUACGCUGAGAACGAUCCCGAAUUCACCCAGCACUCCCACGUGGUGCUGCUGGAGCUGGUGAUCGACAGGUUGCUGCUGCUGCUUCAGAGCUUCACGGGCUACGCAGAAAACCUGCUCAGCGAGCAAGCCGUCCCCCCAGCGCAGGCAGUGGGACCCUGCAUGUCCGCGGGGCUGACGGCGAGGAGGUACUGGUGCAGCAUGCUGAAACUGGGGGCCUUCUACCAGCAGCUCCUGGCCGAGAAGAAGGCUUGCAGGAAGGAGAACCCCACACUGCAAUCCACCCCCAAGGCUGAGAAACCGAAGAAGGAGAGCCUGAAACGCUGCUCGCCUGCUGCUUUGGAGUUAAGAACUUCCACAGAAGUUGCCCGGUCUGCCUCUCCGUGCCCGUCAUCGGGUGUCUGUGUACCAGAUGGCAAUGCCUUGCGCAGCUCCCUGCCCAGGGCUGCCUGCAGCAUGGCCGAGAGCAGCCGCAGCAUCCCCUCACAGACGACCGGGUCAUCUCUGGGCCCCUGCGCCACCUGCGCCAGCGCCCAGGCCAGCCUCCGCGAGGUCGGCAAAACCAUCACCAGCAUCUGCCGGAGCCAGAACAUCCCCUCGGCUUUGAGCAGGUUCCAGGAGAUGGUGGAGGAGCCCACAGGGAGAAGGACCCUCUCUGCAAUGGAUGUGAGCUACUGGGCCUCGGAGCAGAGCAAGGACCUCUCCCGGAUCAGCAAACACCUCCAGCUGCUGCUGCAGCAGGUCAACCCUCUGAAGUCCGAGCUGGAAGAGUCGCAGAAACAGAAGGACAAGCUGCAGAAACAGGUUGAGGACUUUUCCCGGUUGCUUCAGGCGGAGAAGGAGACCCAAGCGCAGCAGAGGAAGGAGGCUGAGCAGAACCUGGAAGUAAAGCACAAAGAGUAUUUACAGGCUGUAGCCAGGCUGGAGCAGGACAAGGAUGACUUACGGAGAGGAGCUGCUUUGCUGGAAGAGCGACUCUCUGCCUUAAAGGAGGAGCUGGCUGCGAAGCAGGCUGCUGUGCAGGAGCUGGAGGUGACCAAGACGACCUUGCUGGAGGAGAUGAGGACGACAAUGGUGGCCAAGAGCCGGCUGCUGGAGCUGGAGGAGAAGGUGCAGCUGCUCACCGAGCAGCGGGAGAGCCUGGGCCAGGAGCUGAGCACCACCACCACCCAGCUGGAGAAGGAGAAGGCCAAAGUGGAGAGCAUGCUGAAGCACGAGGAGUCCCUGCAGGCCAAGCAGAGGGCCCUGCUGCAGCAGCUCGACAGCCUGGACCAGGAGCGUGAGGAACUGCAAGCCAGCCUGGGAGAGGCCGAGGAGGACAAGGCCAGGCUGGCAGAGCAGCUGGAGGAGCGCCGGGAGCAGAGCGGGCAACAGCUACGGGCGCAGCAGGAGCUGCUGGACGCCCUGCGGCGGGAGAAGCUGAACCUGGAGCAGACUGUCUCCGAGCUGCAGGCGAACGUGUCCAGGCUGGAGGAGCAGGCGCGGGAGCUGAAGGAGCGGGAGAGGCUCCUGGUGUUCUUCCCCGAGCUCCACGUCCCCGUCGAGACGCAGUUUGAGAGCACCGGGAGCUUGACCGAGGACAUGGAGAAGCAGCUGCAGGCCAACAGCAUCCGGAUCGGCGUGCUGGAGCAGGAGAACGCGCGGCUGAGGUCGGCGCUAGCCAAGGUGAAGUCGGCUGCUGAGCACGGCGUGCUAAAGCUCGUCCCGCAGACCCAGCUGUGGUCUCAGCUCAGCAGCCAGCGCGGCGGGGAGGCCGGCGGGCAGGACGCAGGGCGGCCCGGCAGCCGAGGCAGCAGGGACAGCACCGGGACAAACGGACGCGCCGGCGAAGCCCGGCAGCGAGCUCCCAGCAGCCAGCGGUCAAAGCCGCUCUCAGCAGAGCCCACCUGCAAGGCCGGACCCUGCCUCUCGCUGCCAGCUGAGGGCCUGGUGCUCAGCCCCCCCGAGCCAAGGAGGACAGGCAGAAUGCUGCCCCUCGCCUCUCGCCGCACCGGCGGCCACCGCAAAUAAACGCUCGUGAGACUGAAGCAGAAAUGAAGAGCUUGACAAGCAGCCACCUGCCCUGCCCCGUGGGACCUCGUCACCCGUUCUUUGUGCACCAUGAAGGCGCCUUCCCUUGGGAAACCCGGGCUCUCUGCCGGUCCCAUCAAGCCCACACGCGGCAGACCUAGGAAGCCCAGGGAGACGGUCGCCACGGCGGCUUUGCCCCGGCUCAGCCACCAGCCGGCCUCCGGCUGUUGCUUCACUUUGUUUUUUGCAGGACUGCGGCUCCGAACGGGUCCGUGCAGUUUCCCCUGUUGUCCCUCUCCGUUGGGCAAGGCUGUGGCUUGUGGUAAAAGCGAGGGUGAGGGCGCAGGGGGCUGGGCUGGCGCGUCCCCUUCUCUUCUCCCUCAGGACGGCAGUCCCAGGAGUAGCCCCCGCUGCAGGGACCAGGCUGGGGCUGCCUUUCCCCGGCCGGCAGCCAUGGGACGGACCCACACCAGGCGAGGAGCCCCUGGGGAGGGGGAAACACUCCCUGGGCGUGCGGAGCUGCCCCUGCACACUCAGCCGAGCGGGGCCAGGGACAUUCCAGGGCGCUGGAGCUCUGUCGCCCACGGCUAAGCUGCUGCUGGAGUCCCCAGCACAGCUCCCACCGUGCCGUCAGCCGGACAAUGCCUGGGCACAGCAUGUCUUUGCGCACGCCAAGAAACAUUCCCAGGAGGUGACGGGGAUGUGGCCACGUUGCUUUGAAGAGGAAGGCAGAGCUGGGCUGGGGCUGAGGAGUCCGAGCUGCCCUUGGCUCACCGGCACAGCCUGGG